ACCUUGCCCUCAUCCAGUCAUCCUCGACACCUUCUCCCGCUUUAAAAUCCCAAGCGUCUCUCCAUCAAGCCUCACGCAGCACAACAUCCAGACAGAGAGAGCAGAGAGCUAGCUAGCUAGCUAUCCAGUGAUCAUCCAUCGGCGUCAUCACACACGCGAGGCGGAGAGGCACGGGGAGAGCUCGGAGGAGCAGAAAUGGUGAAGAUCCCGAGCCCGAGGAGGCUGUUCAGCAGGCGGUCCAAGAGCACGGUGGGCAUCGGCGGUGGCUUGGACAUGUGCGCCAUGGUGGCCGAGCACGAGAGGAUCGAGUGGGAGGUGCGGCCGGGCGGGAUGCUGGUGCAGAAGCGCCGGGGGGCGGGAAACGAGGCCUGCGACGCAGCGGAGGCCAUCCUGGUGCGGGUCUCAGCCAGCUGCGGCGGGUGGCAGCACGAUGUCUCCAUCGACGCCACCGCCACCUUCGGCGACCUCAAGGUGCUGCUGUCGCUGGCCACCGGGCUGUGGCCCAGGGAGCAGCGGCUGCUGUACCGGGGCAGGGAGCGGGAUGACGGCGACCACCUGCACAUGGCCGGCGUGCAGGACAAGGACAAGGUGCUGUUGCUGGAAGACCCCGCCGUCACGGAGAGGAAGCUCAGGUCCACCAGCCUCGCGCAGCUCAUGGGGGUGCCCUGCCAUUCCUUCAUCCAAGUCUAACAAACCCACGCCCCAUCAGCUGUUCAGCGAAGAUAUGUUUCAGAUGUGUUAAUUAAGUGUUAACUCCAUUCUUUUCUUUCUUUAGAGUUUUUUGGGUUUAAUCAGGGCUUAGAUUUGGCCGAUUGAAUCCAAAAAGGGGCACCAUUAGGACACAAUACAGCACGGUACAUGUAAAAUGUUGUAAUUUGUAUAAGCAGACAAUGACAGUGUCACAGUGAUUGUGAUUUCUA